AUGGCCACCGAGUUGACCGUCCAGUCGGAGCGCGCUUUCCAGAAGCAGCCUCACAUCUUCCUUAACACCAAGGCUUCGUCCAAGAAGACUGCUCAGGGCCGCCGCUGGUACAAGGAUGUCGGUCUCGGUUUCCGUACCCCCAAGACCGCCAUUGAGGGAACCUACAUCGACAAGAAGUGCCCCUUCACUUCCCAGGUCUCCAUUCGCGGCCGUGUCCUCGUCGGCAAAGUCGUCUCCACCAAGAUGCACCGUACCCUCGUCAUCCGUCGCGAAUACCUGCACUACGUCCCCAAGUACAACCGUUACGAGCGUCGCCACAAGAACCUGUCUGCCCACGUCUCCCCCGCUUUCCGUGUUGAGGAGGGUGACCUUGUUACCGUUGGCCAGUGCCGUCCUCUCAGCAAGACUGUUCGCUUCAACGUGCUGAAGGUUCACGCCAAGACCUCGCGCGCUGUCAAGUCUUUCUCCAAGUUCUAG